AUGUCGUUGCAGGAUCUCAUUCCAGUGGUGAACAAGCUUCAAGAUAUUGUUACAACUACUCAGCUUGCCGAUAUCGACUUGCCUAUUUUGGCAGUUGUUGGAUCUCAAUCAUGUGGAAAAUCGUCUGUUUUGGAAAACAUUGUGGGAAAGGAUUUUCUUCCACGAGGAACAGGUAUCGUUACCAGAAGACCUUUGGUUUUACAGUUGAUCAAUAUCCACGAGGAUGACCCUAUUGUUUCACGAAAAGUGAAUGAUUCAAACGACGAGCUGGAAGAGAUUGAUUUAGAAGACCAUUUAAGAAAAAUGAAUGGUGGAAGCAAAAACAGCAAGAACAAGAAGAAGACUGAGUGGGGUGAGUUUCUUCACAUCCCCAACAAGAGGUUCUACAAUUUUUAUGAAAUAAGAAGAGAAAUUGAAAAAGAAACUUUGAGGAUUGCGGGAGAAAACAAGGGAAUCAGCAGAUUACCAAUAAACUUGAAGAUCUAUUCCCCCAAGGUGCUCAAUCUUACAUUGGUGGACUUGCCGGGCCUCACAAAAAUCCCUAUUGGCGACCAACCUACAGAUAUUGAGAGACAGACUAGAAACUUGAUCUCUGAGUACAUUUCCAAACCAAACUGUAUAAUUCUUGCGGUUUCGCCAGCAAAUGUAGAUUUGGUCAACUCGGAGUCACUUAAGCUUGCAAGACAAGUGGACCCUACAGGAAAGAGAACCGUUGGUAUUCUUACCAAGUUGGAUUUGAUGGACCAAGGAACCAAUGCAUUGGACAUAUUGAAGGGAAAUGUGUACCCAUUGAAGUUGGGUUUCAUUGGUAUUGUUAAUCGGUCACAACAAGACAUUGCUGAAAACAAGCCCCUUGAAGACUCGUUGCAAUCAGAGCAACAAUUUUUCCUCAACCACCCAGCAUAUAGGUCAAUGGCUUCGAAAUGUGGUACCAAAUACCUUGCACAGACUUUAAAUAAAAUCCUUAUGAACCACAUUAGAGAGAGGUUGCCCGACAUUAAGGCCAAGUUGAAUACAUUAAUGGGCCAAACAGAACACGAGCUUGCCUCAUACGGAGACAUGCCAAAUAUGGGUGACUCCAAGGAAGCGAGAGGGGCUAUGGUGCUCACAUUGAUGACAAAGUUUGCCAAUGCAUUCAUGAACUCGAUUGAAGGUACACUGAUCACUGAGAUAUCGACAAAGGAAUUGUGCGGAGGUGCCAGAAUCUACAAUAUCUACAAUGAGGUAUUCGGCUCUUCUUUGGCUGCAAUCAACCCAACACACAACUUAUCAAUCCAUGAUAUCCGUACAGCAAUCAGAAACUCUGCAGGACCUAGACCUUCUCUUUUUGUACCUGAAUUGGCAUUUGAUUUGCUUGUUAAGCCUCAAAUUGGUUUAUUGGAAGAACCUUCACAAAGAUGUGUUGAGAUGGUGUAUGAAGAAUUGAUGAAGAUUGUGCACAGUGUUUGUUCUUCUGAUAUUGGUCCUGAGUUGAGUAGAUACCCUAGAUUGCAAGCCAAAUUGAUUGAGGUAGUGAGUGAUCUUCUUAGAGAAAGACUUGGUCCUACAAUCAAAUAUGUGCAAUCAUUGAUUGAAAUCCACAGAGCCUAUAUCAACACCAACCAUCCUAGUUUUGUUGGUGCAGCCAAGGCAAUGAGUAUCGUUGUUGCCGAGCGCCAGAAACAGAAAGAAAUGGAACUGAAUAGUAAAUUGAAGCUUGCUACCCAGAGAAUUUUGGGCAGGAAAUUGAAGGAAGCCGAAACUAUUGAAGCGAUUGAAGAAGGCGAAGAAAGGGCUGAUGGAGAUGAAGGCGAAGGAGCAGAUGAUGAAGAGGCAGAGGAUACGGAUGAAGGCGUUGCCAAGAUGAAAGAGGAUAUUGUUUCAGUUGAUGACGAUUUCCCAAAACGUAAACGUUCCUCACACAAGAAACACCAACACCAUGAGUCGCAGCAACCUCUUAACGAAUCUUACCUCAACUACUUUUUAGGAAAAGAUCCCAUUGUCCACCAGCAACAAAUGCAAGCGCAAGCACAACUCCACCCAACACCAUUUAAAUUUCCUCACCCUCUGGAAACCACUUUACAAUUCAACACUCAAUUUGUUAAUAAUGGCGUGAUCAAUCCAAACAACUCGACUCCUUCACCUCUGAUUGGCCAUAAGCGCAGCGAAUCGCAAUUAUCGCAUCAUGAUUUCAAAAACUUAACCAUCAAUGAAGGUUAUAACGAGUCCUCGUUUGAGUCGGAUGAAACAAUCAAUGAACUUACGGAGCGUGAGCAAAUGGAGUGCGAGUUGAUCCGUAGACUCAUUAUCUCAUAUUUUAGCAUUAUUAGAGAAAUGGUUCAAGAUCAAGUUCCAAAAUCUAUCAUGUGUUUGUUGGUGAACCAUGUGAAGCAACAUAUUCAAAACAGAUUAGUUGUCAAGCUUUAUAGUGAUGACAUGUUUGACGAGCUCUUGAGAGAAGACGAAGGUAUUCAAGCAGAAAGAGAGAAAUGUAUCGAGCUGUUAAAGACCUAUAGAGAAGCAGCUAGAAUCAUUAGCGAUGUGGUAUAA